GAAAUAUAGCAUGAUGCCAAACAGAUAUAGUGUAUUCGACUCGUUCGGUCCGGAUAGAUCUCUACAACUCCUCUCUCGGCUGCCUCUGUACUCUGGAGCCUCCUUCGAAGACAUACCUGUUGCGCAUCCAAUGAUGCCGCAAGAUCUAUGGAUUGCCUACGAAGGACGCUCGAACCAAGACAGAGGACUCCUGCCUCAAUGGCCCACUAUCUUCUGGAGCGGUCUCGGACUUGCGACGGAGAUGGUCGGAGUGGAUGUGGAAGAUGCCUGUGCAGGUAAUUUUUCACUGGCGUAUGGGCAGGAAGCAGCUCUGUGGGGUAGAGCCACCACUUGCAAGCUUCAUAUACGACCGCGUGGUAUAUUUCACAAUCCAAUGAAGCCUGACCAGCUCCAACUACGCCACAGUACCAGCAAGGAGUUCAUUACGGUCAACGAGUUCCUCAAGAUAUUGGCGAGACGCGUCAAGGCUUACUUUCUGAAACAUCACGUUCAGAUCCCUGGCUUCGGGCACAUCACCCCAGCUCGCCUUCGCAUUGUCGGUACCUCUUGGGUAUCUCGUGGUGCCAUAAUGCCUCUUCUUCAGGUUGUACGUUGAUGAC